AGGUAACACGUUUGUACAAUAUACGUAUCACGUUAUAACGUGAUAGUGCUCGAAAAUUUAUUUUCUUCCAUGACAGCAAUACGCUUCCGUACUCCCAUGCAUCGGAAUGGUAAACCGAGAAUGUGCAUGUUGGAUCCUGGUACGACGUGGUGAAGCUGAAGUUGGUGAGAAGAUUAAAGACAAUAAGACAUAAAAAUAAAUAACUCAGAGUGUUUACAGGGUCUCCGGUAACUCUUCGGACUUACUGGGACAGGUCGGACUCUGACUGAUGGAAAGAGAGAGGAGGAAAAAAGAGGAAAUCUCUUUACUCAAGCAGAAGCGCGAUGCACUGGCGGGGCGAUAUUUAACGCCUUUUUUUUAACAAACAAACAUAAAAGCUGAAAUGUGGUUAAUCGUCGCUUGAUGGACUAAGUCUUUGGACGCUUGCAUGUAGUAUGAUAUUGAGUGCGAUAUGUCUAAUGCGACGCCGAGCAAAAGCGUGGAAUGGCUGCAACUCGAGUUAGAGUCCGGGGGCACUUCGCUGCUCCUGCUGGACUGCCGUUCACAUGAGCUUUAUGAAUCAUCCCACAUAGAGACCGCCAUAAAUCUGGCCAUGACGGGACUCAUGCUCCGGAGGUUCAGAAAGGGCAACAUACCCAUCCAAACUAUCAUCCCCAAACACGAGGAUAAGGAGAAGUUUGUGAGACGGUGUAAGACGGACACGGUGGUCCUGUAUGAUGAAGGCUCCGUGAACUGGCCGGACAGCGGAGCUCCGGCGACGGUUUUGUUUCUACUUCUUCAGAAACUAUGGGAAGACGGCUGUAAAGCCUACUAUCUGGAAGGUGGUUUUAUAAAGUUCCACACAGAGUACCCAGAGCACUGCGAGACCCUCCUGGACAGCUCCUGUCCCAGUUCAUCUCCUCCAAUGUCUGGUCUGGGCUUUGGAAAUCUCCGGAUCAGCUCGGACUGCUCCGACGGGGAGUCAGAUCGAGAACCUGGCAGUGCCACAGAGUUUGAGGAGAGCCCCGUUCCCAGCAAUCGACCUGACUUCCCCGUUCAGAUCCUACCUUACCUUUACCUGGGCUGCGCCAAAGACUCCACCAAUCUAGAUGUGCUGGGGAGGUACAACAUCUCCUACAUCCUGAACGUCACACCCAAUCUUCCCAACAUGUUUGAGCAUGACGGCCACUUCAGGUAUAAACAGAUCCCAAUUUCGGACCACUGGAGUCAGAACCUGUCCCAAUUCUUUCCAGAGGCAAUAUCAUUUAUUGAUGAGGCUCGAUCAAAGCGAUGCGGCAUCCUGGUCCACUGCCUGGCUGGCAUCAGCCGCUCAGUCACAGUCACGGUUGCCUACCUGAUGCAGAGACUCAACCUCUCUCUAAAUGAUGCUUAUGACUUUGUCAAAAGGAAGAAAUCCAACAUUUCACCAAACUUCAACUUUAUGGGCCAGCUCUUGGACUUUGAGAGGACCCUGGGGCAGCACACUCCCUGCGAUAACCGAUCCACCAGCGAGGAGCAGCUCUUCUUCACCACACCGACUAAUCAUAAUGUCUUUCAGCUGGAGUCCACAUGAGGAACAAUAAGAAAGCUGUUUUUUUGUUUUUGUUUUUUUUGGGGGGGGGAGGGUGUUGUUUCCUGUGGUGUCUCUUAGGGUUUCUGAGGCUGUCAGAUGCCUAACAUGCUGACACAAGCAGGAUGUCAGUCACAGUCAUCUGCACCAAAAGGAACCACAUUGAUCUGUUAAAACAAGAGCACUCGUAUGCAGACAGCUCCAGUUUCAAAGCCUUAAUAUCUAACAGCAGGAAGAAUUUUGCUCUCCACCACUUAUGGCAUUAAUGAAUGAUCAUACACAGUCAUAACGGCAUGAUAUCGCAUAACAUCUCUAAUAAUUCUUGAACUGUUAUUUGACUGUUAUUUGUUAUUCACCAGCUGUAAAAUGGAUGUUUAUCAGUCAUGAAAAUUGCCUUGAUGGUUUAAAAUGUCUUUGGCCAAUCAGAAUGUUUUCUGUGGACCAAUCCGAGAUAUUUUGGUACUGUAGUCGAGGGAAAUAUGCUACUAUGCUCAUCAAACCUUGUACAGUUUUUCUCUUGACGGCUGUUUACAGUUGCCACAGAAAGCUUUUUCUGUGCUUUUACACAAAAUACCUUCAUUAUUAUCUGGUGAAAACUAACAGUUUUUGAAUACAAGCUUGAGUGAUCUGUGAUAUUUGUCACAAAAUAUCACAGUGCAGUUAUAUUAAUUUACACAGCCUCCUCCAGUCCAUAUGGUGCAUAUAACCCCAUUAAUUACACAACAUAAUGUUCCACCAAGGACCUCGUUUUGUAACCUUUAUGCCUGAUGUUGCUGAGGCCUUGGCCAUUCCUUUAUACAAAACUGAACUAAAUGUCAGUUACCAUGUUGAGGUAAAAUGUUAUAAGAAUGGAUUUCUUCACAGGUGUAUAUGAAUGUCCCCUGUAUCUUUUUUUUUAACUUUGACACUCUUCAGCCUGCAGCUACUCGUCUUGUGGCACAACGUUACAGGUGACAUUGUUUUCUAAUUAGCUGUUCUCGUCUUGAUCCAGUUUUGUCUCAGAACAAAUGAAUGAGUUUUAAAGUGUGAGAGAAAAUGAAAGGAAGCAAGUUUGACUAGUGUGUUCUUACCUCAACAAGAGACACUUUCAGGGAUUUUUUUUUUUUUAACAAGGCGACUGUAUGUCAUCUUUGCCUCUUAAAGUGCACCCAAGGGCUGUUAUGGUUGGUUUGUUUGUAAAAGAUGUACAUUAAUUGUGGUUGUUAUGGGGACAUUUUCUGUAAAUCAUGAAGGAUAUGGAAGUGACCCUGUUUGGAACCUUAUGUAUAGCAUAUAUAAAGCUAAAAGUCCAAGGCAUUCUGUACAAAUUUAUACAACAAAUAUAUUGUAUAUUUUUACUUGAGCCA